UCCGCUCGAGCGCUCUGACUGCUGCUGUCUCGCGGCGUUUGGAGAUCUUUCAUGCGCGCUGUAUGGAUGCUGAAUCUCUGGCGCUGCUGUAAACGCGACACGGAAUCAACAUGUCCAAUCCUCCGCACGACCCGUUCUACUCGUCCCCUUUCGGACCCUUCUACCGGAGACAUUCACCGUACAUGGUGCAACCAGAGUACAGAAUCUAUGAGAUGAACAAACGUCUCCAGUCCCGGACAGAGGAGAGUGAUAGUCUGUGGUGGGACGCAUUUGCUACAGAGUUCUUUGAAGAGGACGCUACAUUGACCCUCUCCUUCUGCCUGGAAGAUGGACCAAAAAGAUACACAAUCGGACGGACCCUCAUCCCUCGUUACUUCAGCACGGUAUUUGAGGGAGGUGUGUCAGACCUCUACUACAUCCUGAAACACUCCAAAGAGUCCUUCCACAACUCCUGCAUCACUGUGGACUGCGAUCAGUGCACCAUGGUCACACAGCACGGCAAGCCUAUGUUCACCAAGGUUUGUACGGAGGGCAGAUUGAUUCUGGAGUUUGCCUUUGAUGACCUGAUGAGGAUCAAGACGUGGCACUUCAACAUCAGACAGUAUCGAGAACUGAUCCCACGAAGCAUUCUCGCCAUGCACGCACAAGACCCUCAAGUCCUGGAGCAGCUCUCAAAGAACAUCACCCGCAUGGGACUGACCAACUUCACCCUCAACUACCUCAGGUUGUGUGUCAUACUGGAGCCAAUGCAAGAGUUAAUGUCUCGACACAAGACCUACAACCUCAGCCCGAGAGACUGUCUAAAGACCUGUCUGUUCCAGAAGUGGCAAAGAAUGGUGGCCCCUCCAGCUGGACAUCCACAGAACUUCAAAACGGAAAUUUUCCCCACAAAUCAUAAAAAAGAGCCCACUCGACAGACCACAACCAAGAGAAGAAAGAGAAAGAACUCGGCCGGCAGUGCGUCUAACAGUAGCCUAGGCAACAACGCUGGCAGCAAGAAACGCAGCCCUGCCAACAACUUCAGUCUGACCAGCCAGGUACCUGAUGUGAUGGUGGUAGGAGAGCCCACCCUGAUGGGUGGGGAGUUUGGCGAUGAGGAUGAGCGUCUGAUCACACGGCUGGAAAACACGCAAUACGAUGCCACCAACGGCCUCGACGAUGAUGACGACUUCACAAACUCUCCGGCGCUCGGCAAUAACAGCCCCUGGAACAGCAAGCCACCCACAGGGCAGGACAGCAAGCCCGAGAGUACAGCUUCUCAGCCCUCGCAGUAGGAGACAACACAAGCAGUGCCCCUUUAAACCACCAGGGCGGCACUCUCUCUUUCUCUCUGACCUCACUUUUUACCCUCGAUGAUGUAAAUCCCAUGUCAUGGUGUCAAUGAUGUCAUCCAUUUUCACCAGAAACUGAUGAUUCCACUCCAUGUUUUGGGUGACAUUAAGAAAACUGACCAAACUUUGGCAGCAAUAUUUGCUCAAUGGAUUCUUUUUGAAAUAAUUUAUCUAGGUUAAAAAGCAGCUAAAGAAAUGGGACUCUUUGGUGGACUUGACUUUAGCCAAGCUGAAUUCAUUGAAAGAGCAUUCUGCUUUAACAGGUGAGACCUGAAUUUGGGGCAACUUUAGCCCAAUAAUCAAUGUAAAAACUACCAUCUGUCUUCAGCUUGAUCUCACAUAAAAAUCGGCAAGUGUGUGAUGAUUUUUCUUUAGCCGAAAUCAGUAUACAUUGACCGAAUUUGAAAACACUGCCCCCAAAGGCAGUAAUGGUUUCAGAGCAUAUAAACAAGUGUGACAUCCAUUUAUAUCCAGGAGAGUUCGCCAGAAGCCAGUUUUAAAAUUAAUUGUUUUCAGCUGAACAUGGUGUAAAACAGUGAAGAGAAAUGCUUAUUUUGUUUAAUCUACCCCCAAACCAAAACCCAAAUCUAACCUUAACCAUUAGUAGAGUCAAAAUGCAAUGUUAGGGACAAAAAUGAAACCCCCUAAUCAUGCUUGUGAUUGUUUAUACAAACAUGAUUACUUCCUUGUUUGAAUGGGAAUUGAACUGUGGUCUCCUAUGCAACUGAUGCAACAUGCUACCAGUCAAGCCACAAGGGAAAGUAAUUGUUGUUAAGCCGUUCAAAAUAUGUCCGAUGGAAGAUAGGGCAUGUCAGUGAGUUGACAUACUGUUGCCGAUCCUAGGGUAACGGAAUCGGAAACAGCAUGCCAACUUCCUGUGUGAUCAUGUUGCUGUGUUGCAGUUGAACAUACAUUUCCAUAGUGACUCCAGUUGGUAACCACACUUGGCAUCAACCAAUUGCUGAAGAGAUAAUCAUGUUCAUUGUCCUCUCACUUGGGACUGGAACUGCAAAGGCAUUCACUGAGACCAAUCCCUGAACAUUUGCAUUUUUAUUGGAGAUUCGUUUAGCUAUUGUCUUUUUCCCUCUGCUUUCAAUUAAAGGCGAACUGUCUUUUAUUCCUUCAAUACAACAGACUGUAUUAACAGACAGCUUUUGUCUUUGGCUUGCAAAGAAGAAAUAAAAACAUGGGCAGUUGCCAUUUA